UGGCGCUCGGUUUCUGGUCGGUACAGUAACGCGAUGGACCUCAAAGACGAAUCCCAGAUUGAGUUUACAAUAACUAGCUUUACCACCUGCUGCCGGUUAUGCUUAUCGUGCAGCGAGAGCGAGGAUUACUACGACAUCUACCUUAGUUCGAUCGCUUCCCACAGCGAGACAACCUUCGUGGAAGCCAUACAGAAAAUCACUAACGUAGAGCUCAUUUCCAACAGUAAGCUACCGUCGAAAAUUUGCAGAAAUUGCGCGGCCCGAAUAGAUGAUGCAUUUUGUUUCGUGCGCGAUUUUCAUCGCACCAACGAGAUGCUUCAGAACUAUCUCGAUAACGAAGAAUGCGACAAAGAAGAGGCGGAAGAAAUAGAUCUAACCACCGUGCAAGAACUAUGCGAACUGGACCUAACCGAUCAGCAGAUCGUGACGGACGAGGAGAACGAGAACGAGCAACGCGAAGGUAGCAAAGAGUCCGAACACCCGGACGACGAACAGCUCGUGCACCAGCGUCACGACACUCCCGAACAGCCGAGCGGGACAAACCGGGGCCUAACGGCGGUAGAUUUCAUCCUGCAGCAGAUUACCACCUCGCCCCAGAAGAAAAAACGGCGCCCCGACAAGUCUGCGCUCAAGCACCAGUGUAACGAGUGUGACAAAUCGUUUCUCCGCCGGUCGAACCUGGUCGAUCAUUUGCGCCUGCACGCACAGCUGAAGGUGUUCGCGUGCGAUUUCUGCGACAAGCGGUUCGUGCAGUCGGGCAAUCUGAAGUCGCACAUGCGAACGCACACGGCGGAACGGCCGUACCGGUGCAGCAUGUGCCAAAAGGGGUUCACCCAAUCGAGCGCCCUCAAGACGCACAUGUUAGCGCACACCAACACGAAGCCCUUCGCGUGCGACGUGUGCGACAAAGCGUUCGUAAGCAGCUCGGAUCUGUGCAAGCACAAGCUGACCCAUUCCGCCCAGAAGCGCUACCGGUGCGUCAUCUGUCCGGAGCGGUUCUUCACGCAGAAGGUGCACCUGCGGAACCAUCUGACCCGGAUGCAUCCGACCAGCAACAUCUCGGUCUCGCUGGAGGCAGGCGUUGUAAAGUAAUUUGGGGGAGAAAAUGAAUGCGGCGGUGGUGUAGUGACUGCAGACUUUUCGAUUGUAGAGUUUUGCACUCACUCAUCCCUCUUCAAAUGCGUAAGCUUUUAAUGCUAUAGUGCCACAUUGGCAUAAAUGUUCAUAAUUUCGAAAGUAAGCAAGGAAUAAUAAAAUCGGAAACGAAUCACUGAACGAUUACUCAACAAAAGAAAA